AGUGCAGUUCUAAACCUGAAAACAGGGUUUUCCAGAGUCGACCACAUUAGAAUAGGUGUGUAAACCCUCUAAGACCUUAUUAUGCAAAUGUGGAGCACAGUUGGACCAGGAAGUUUUCCAUCAGGAAGAAAAAUACCCGACCAGUGUUUGGCGAGUUCCUCAUUCCCGGCCGCCGUUAAGUGUGAAACCCUCAAACCGACACCUGGAGAGACACCAUGGGCUCCAUCAAGUCCAGAUUGAGCAGAAAGACCGUUAAGGAGAAGACGUAUGUGUCUGCAGGACGACCCCCAGGUGCCUGGUGUGGUGUUCCAGGAUGAUGAGCAAAUCGAGCGGGUGAAAGUGGUGGUGGGCAUCUACCCGUACCAGGGGGUGCACCCUGACGACCUCACCUUCCAUAAGGGAGAGAAGAUGGCGGUCCUGGAGGAGAACGGCGAGUGGUGGAAGGCAAAACUGCUGACCUCGGACAAAGAGGGCUUCAUCCCGUCCAAUUAUGUCGCCCAGGCUGACACCAUGGAAACUGAGCUGUGGUUCUUCAAGGGCAUGACAGGGAAGGAUGCAGAAAGACAUCUGCUGACAUCUGCCAACAAAGCUGGAGACUUUAUCAUCAGGGACAGUGAAACUUCCAAAGGGAACUACGCCUUGUCCAUCCGGGACUUGGAUGUGGGCGGGACCGAGUCGGUCAAACACUACAGGAUCCGGGUGUUGGACCACGGCGGCUUCUACAUCUCUCCCAAGAUCUCCUUCCCCGACAUCAACAGCUUGAUCAAACACUACCAGCACAAAGCAGGUGGCCUGUGCAGGAAACUGGAGCGUCCAUGUGCUAAGCCUGAAGCCCAGAGGCCGUGGGACAAAGACGCCUGGGAGAUUCCCAAAGAGUCCAUCACCAUGGUGAAGAGGCUGGGAGCAGGGCAGUUUGGAGACGUCUGGAUGGCGUACUACAACAACACCACCAAGGUGGCGGUGAAGACGCUGAAGCCGGGCACCAUGACGGUUGAGGCCUUCCUGGCGGAGGCCAACGUGAUGAAGACCCUGCAACACCACAGACUGGUACGUCUCUACGCCGUGGUGACCAGGACCCAGCCCAUCUACAUCAUCACCCAGUUCAUGGCCAACGGCAGCCUGCUGGACUUCCUGAAGACCAAAGCAGGCUGCAGGCUGACACUGCCCAGGCUGAUUGACUUCUCUGCACAGGUGUCAGAGGGUAUGGCCUACAUAGAGAAGAAGAACUACAUCCACAGAGACCUGAGAGCAGCCAACGUCCUGGUCUCUGAGAACCUGCUCUGUAAAAUAGCUGACUUUGGCCUGGCGAGAAUCAUCAGUGACAACGAGUACAUUGCCAGGGAGGGAGCCAAGUUCCCCAUCAAGUGGACGGCCCCCGAGGCCAUCAGCUACAGCUGCUUCACCAUCAAGUCUGACGUGUGGUCCUUUGGAGUUCUGCUCUACGAGAUCAUUACCUUCGGUCAAAUGCCAUACCCAGGCAUGACCAAGGCGGAGGUGAUGUCCUCGCUGCAGCGCGGCUACAGGAUGCCCCGCCCCGGCGAAUGUCCGCCCGAACUCUACGCCAUCAUGGAGUCCUGCUGGAGGAGCGAGCCGGAGACUAGGCCCACCUUCGACUACAUGCAGAGCGUGCUGGACGACUUCUACACGUCCACCGAGGGACAGUACCAGCAGCAACCAUGCGGCUGAGGGCGCCACCACGUACGCCCGCUGACACACCACAUGCGGCGGUUUACCUGACACACGACACGUGACGAAUUGUGGGCGUGCACUAUCCAGAAUAGGAUCAAUGAUCCGGAAACAUUAAGUUUAAGAGAAAAUAUUAUCAAACUUUAUGAAUGUGGGUAAUAAUGUUACUAAUAUUUGACUGGUUAGUAGUACUACUUCAUAUUGAAGUAUUUAUACCCACCGUGUAAUGACCUCUGUGUAGAGGUCACGGCAAGCCGUCACGAGCAAACAAAAAGUGACAAGCAUGAAGAUGUUUGUUUACGUUUGUCAGGUAUGGAGUGUAAUUAGUGCCAAAAAAAAAUUAUUUUCUUCAAGUAGAAAAAAUAAAAUGAGCAAAUAUAAAUACAACAUUCUGCCAGUAAAGACUUGAUUACCAUGUAAAACCUUUUCUUUUAUUAAAAAAACGGUUUGCAUGUAUAAAACCUUUUUUUUUUUUUACUUAAAAGAGUAAUUUGCAAGUAUAAAAGCUAUUUUUUGCAAAUACAUUUUUUUUCCCAUUUAAAACAAAAAAAAUUUUCAUUUAAAAAAACUGUUGGCGAGUAUAAAAACAUUUUUUUCCAAAUAAAUAAAACGAUUCGCAAAUAUAAAAACUAUUUUCUCCAAUUACAAAAGAUUCGCAAGUCUAUAAACAAGUUUCUGCAAGUAGAAAAUCAAUUUGCAAGUAUUAAAACUAUUUUUUGCAAAUAAAACAAUUAUUCGCAAGUAUAAAAACAAUAUUCUCAAUUAAAAAAACGAUUUGCAAGUAUAUAAACAAGUUUCUGCAAGUAAAAAAUCAAUGUACAGGUAUAAAAACUAUUUUCUUCAAUUAGAAGAAAAAUAUUCGUAAGUAUAAAAACUAAUUUCUGUAGAUAAAAAAAUCAAUUUGCAGGUAUAAAGACACAUUUCUUCAAUUAAAAAAAUUAUUCGCAGGUAUAAAAACUAUUUUCUGCUAGUAAAGAAACUAUUUUGCAGGUACAACAACAUCCAUCCAUCCAUCCGUCCAUCCAUGGAUGGAUGGUAAAACAACAAUUCACAAGUAUAAAAACAAUUUGUUUUAAUAAAAAAACGAUUUGCAAGUCUAUAAACAAGUUUCUGCAAGUGAAAAAUCAAUGUGCAAGUAUAAAAACUAUUGUCUUCAAUAAAAAAAAAUAUUCACGAGUAUAUAAAAUAUUUUCUGGAAGAUAAAAAUCAAUUCGCAGGUAUAAAGACACAUUUCUUCAAUUAAAAAACUAUUUUUUUGCAAGUAAAGAAAUCAGUUCGCAAACAUAACAACAAUUUUAGUCAAUUAAAAAAACUAUUUGCAAGUAUAGAAUCAAUUUCUUGCAAGUAAAAAAUCAAUUCGCUGGAAGAAAAACGUUUUGUUCAAUUAAAAAACGAUUCGCAAGUAAAAAAAAAAAACUAAACCAUUUUCUGCAAUAAAAAAAUGAUUUGCAAAUAUAUAAAUAAUUUUCUGCAUGUAUAAAAAAUAAAUUCACAAGUAUAAACACCAUUUUCUUCAGUUAAAAAAAUGAUUUAGAAGUGUAAAAACAAUUUUUUGCAAGUAAAAAAUCUAUUCGCAGGUAUAAAGAAAAUGUUCCCAAUUAAAAAAACAAUUUGCAAGUAUAGAAUCAAUUUUUUGAAAGUAAAAAAUAAAUUCACCUGAAUAAAAACAGUUUUCUUCAAUUAAAAAACAAUUUGCAAGUAAAAAAAUAAAUAAAUUCUGCACUAAAAAAAUUAUUUGCAAGUAUAAAAAAAAAUUCUGCAUGUAAAAAAAUCAAUUUCCUUUAAUUAAAAAAAGAUUUGCAAGCAUGAAAACAAUUUUAUUAAAUAAAAAUAACAAUAAACAAGUAUAAAAAUAAUUUUCUACAAUAAAAUAAAAAAAUUGUAAGUAUAUAAUCAAUUUUCUGCAAGUAAAACCAUCAAUUCACAGGUAUGCAAACAAUUUUCUUUAAUUACAAAAAACAUUCGCAAGCAUAAAAACAAUGUUCUUUAAUUUAAAAAAAAUAUUUGCAAGUACAUAAACAAUUUUCUUCAAUUAAAAAAAAAUAUUUGUAAGUAUAUAAUCCCUUUUCUGCAAGUAAAACAAUUCACAAGCAUAAAAACAAUUUUCUUCAAAUAAAACAACGAUUGACAAGUGUAAAAACAACAAAUUCCAUUUAAGUUCAAACGUAAUAUUCUACACAUUUGCACUGUAGUUCACUAUUUACACCAACAGGUGGUGCUGCUGAGUCAAUUUAAGGCCGUAAGAGGUACUGUUUUUGCGCAUGGUGCCGUCUGCCAAAAAUAACAAAGAAGAAGACGCAGGGCGGGGAGUAAAAUGGCGGACAGAAGGGAGGAGAAACAAGCUCAACCUGUAAGUUACUUGCGAAUGGGUUUUUGACUUGCGAAAAAAUAGUAUCGUUAGACGUGAGUAAAACCAUAUUUGUGUGUUUGUGGAGUUUUGCCAGUAAUUUCACUCUAUAUCUCUGUUACUGAUGAUGUUUUAUUUGAACAGUUUAACAAUAUAACCUCGAUAUAAGUGUGUCUUUUUUUUUAAAGAGCUUAUUGUUGUUUUUAAAAUCACUGACACAUUUUUGUACUUAUUGAUUGUGCACUUUGAGGUCGUCAAUAAACAGUA